AUGGAAAUUGAAAUGGAACUUCGGCAGAGGAUAGAAGAAGAAGGAUUUGAAAUUGCUUUUAAUCCUCCCGGUGAUGGAAGCUGUUUCUAUCGGGCUGCAGCGUUUCAACUGGGACUUAAGUCGGAGAUCUUGCACAACCUCAUUUUUAAUUAUCUGGGAAACCAUCAGUUUGACGUAAGUUAUUUAACCGUAGUAUAAGUGACUGCGUGACCGACAACAGAUGAUGACAUAAGCGACGCCCGGUUAAUAAGAGUAUUAAAAACAAACGGAAUGAAAUGAAAUAUUUUUCUUGUACUUAGUUUUUACAUCAUUUUCCUUAAUUGAGCCCUAAUCCAAGUCUUUUUUUUUUUCAUUGUACACUAGGGCUCAUUAUUUUUCCUUAACGUGUAUUUAUUUUUAAGCCUAAUUUUCCUUGCCUCCCAGUUCAGAGGUUCACUUUAAACGAGCUGCAUGUAUAUUUGUCACAAUGUUCGUAACAGAGCAUCUGAAAAGCAACGUUUUGGGCAUCACACUUUUCUCACUGCGCACACUGAAAGACUAUUGGGCAGACAUUUUUUUUUAGGAAAAAUGAAUAGUUUAAAGUUUUGAAACCACCUGAAAAGCCGUCUCUUGUACGAGGUUUUGUGACAUUUUUUUUUUUUUUUUUUUUUUUUCAUAAUAGGACCAGGGAAAUGACCGCUUGGCUUUCUUGUGUGACGUCGAUAUGGGUGGUGAAAAGGUGCCUGCUGUGUGGUCAGAAGCGUUGAAGAUCCUGGAAAAUAAUUAUGCUAAUUCUUUAGUGAUUAGCGCCUUUGCAAAUGUGAUGCACUACAAGAUCAUGAUUAUUACAGUGCAUGGGGUAAAUAAUUGUUGUCAUCCAAUGUUUCACGUUUGUUUCCAUUGCUUUCAGAAAACGAAAUUAAGUUUUUUACUAAGGAGUAAUAAAUUGUUUUCUUUACAUUUUAUUUUACAGGAUGACAAUUUCGUUAAAGUUGUGGAGCCUCAGUUGGGUCCCUCAGUUGGCACUCUUUACUUCGGACACAGUGGUAAUCACUACGUCCCAUUGAAGCUCAAGCAAAGGGUGGGAUUGGUUACUUCCAUGUGCUAUACAUAAUGUAAACAGAUGUGCCUGGGUUCGUUUCACAACUUGGGCACAUGUUCAUAUUUGACCUGUGAUACGCAAUUUCAAGCUAUGCAACGGCGGCGAGAUCUUCCAAGGGAAAUUCUGAGCCACGUACUCGUAGUUUUUCCCCUAAAAUCAAAGAGGAAAAAAGUGCUCAAGAAAUUAAAACAUCCUCCGGUAAAACUUUCAAAGCUAAAAGGACAACGACAACAAAGGUACAAUUUUAACGGGGUGACUCAUCUAGUUCUAACCACGUAAUCGUUUUGGUUCUGCCUUUUUUUUUGGUGGAAGUGGAAAGAGGCGAGGCGGAGAUAAAAUAAACGUCAUUAGCGGUAGAUACACUAAGAAACUCAUUCUGUUGUGUCUAAUUUCAGACACCCAAAGGACGAAAAAAUCAAGAGAUGGAAUGGUGGGAAUCCACAGAAGAAUACAACCCCAGGACGAGUUUAUGGAGAGGACGAAAAAUAUCCGAUGACACAUCCUCUUAUGGAUCGGAUCUUGAAAUAAUUGAAGAAAAGGAAACUCCAAAAGACAAGUCAUUAAAGGUAUGUAGGAGGAAUUUAUUCGCGUUUUUAACUAGAAGAUACAGAACUUCAACACUUUACCUAUACAGGCCUUGCAUUUUUUUAAUUUAGAAGAGCAAGCAGGAAAUUAAGACGACGGUUGCAGAUAUUAGUGAUCAGAGUGUGGUUGAAAUAAGCUCCGACGAUGGCAUGGAGGUCGAUUCGCCCCUUAAACAACCCACCCGGAAAAGACAGCGUAUUUCAUCAGUAAGUGAUUGUAUACUGACUGACGAAACUGAACACAGAACAAAACGACUGUCCCAAUAUUCUUCCUCCUUGAUUCCUACAUCGCCUAGGUGAUCACUAAUUUACGUUGCACCCUCUUACCCAGAACCUAUUUGCACAAUCCUGCGCGCCGAAGAACACUGGUCAAUGUUUAAGAAAAUUAGGCAACCCAUCGAUCUGAAAAAUUUGGUUGUCACGUGACUGUUCCUACGUCCGUCUGUUGGUCCGUAAGGCCAUCCCCAUACCUUCAAAAAUAAUAGAGUAGCAAGCACCAUUACUGUAGGCACCUCUGUGGACAUCCAUGUUACAAUUAAUUGAUAGCUGACCAGUAUCACGUAAUGAUCACAAUUGAUCGUUUUUUGAGUUUCUUAUCCAAGAAAAAAAUCCUCUUUUCCCGUUAUGGUUAAUUAUUGAAAUAAGUAGCUCUGCUUUUAUUAGUAGCUUGAAGCCGUGCAUGGAAAGGAAAUUUAGAAAUCUACGUCAAUGCGUAUAUUUGUCCGCUAAGAUUGCAGAAUUUUUAGACACACAAAAAUAUAUCUGAACCAAAGAAUGUUGUGUAGAUAUCAUUUGUAAAAAGUCAUUGUUGUAGGUUCUUUUAGGCUCGAUUACCAGCCGCUGUUGGAGAGAGCGGCAGAAAUCGACCUUAAUUUUUUUUUAAUAUAACAGGAUGACAGCAUCGAAGAAUUAAUCGCCAGUGUAAGUGGACUAAGUUCCAAUGACAACACGCCUCAAAAAGCCACGUCUACCAGCAGUUAA